AUGCAUUCGAUCAAGGCUUACUUCGUUCCUGAGGCACCCAACUACUCUCUUUUGGCUCUGCCAGUGAUGUUUUUCUUAUCUAUGGCUCCGCAUUGGUAUUCCGUUGCUGCCGUGGAACAAAUUCGGACCGCCGACGGUUUUCCCCUGCAGUCGCCACGCGUAUUCUUCAUGCAGCUAGCUGCUCGUCCAGUGGCGGGAGACAAGAAGUCGGAACAUACACCUCUGGAGCGCCGUAUUCUGCGCUGCAACGCUUGUCAGCAGAACGGCAUGGAGAACCUGCCGGUGUUUGGUCUUACUCUUCUUUGUGGAAUUGUUGCGCAGCUCCCUGGUGGCUACAUGAACCUUCUGGCUGUCAUCUACCUUGUUCUCCGCACCAUGUUUAAUGUUGCAUACAUCUUUACCGACUCGAAAUCACUGGCCACGUUCCGCUCGAUGAUCUUUAUGGGACACGGGCUUAUUUACUUCCAAGUCUUUGUCAAGUCUGCAUUUGCCGUUGCGGGACGUAAGUAA